AUGUCGUUUGAUUCGAUCUCUUCUGGUGCGACGGGGUGCUUCCCCCGUCGUGCGCACACAAUUACUGCGCCAGAUGAAGCACAUAACUAUAUGGUCACGGUGUACAUGCACUGCUUCAAUCCGGAGGAUCAUAAUGACCGUGUUUGCAUCGACCUGCACAAAAGAUCCACAACCGAAGAGCUCAUCGAUAGGGUGAUUUCGAUGCGCGCUGAUCUGAAUGGUCAAUCCAGCGAGGAUUACGAUAUUUUUGAGAUGAUGGUCACUCCAGAUGGGCAGGCCUCUAAGGAGCGACGACUGGACCGUGGCGAAUAUCCAGUAGCCGCUCAACUGAUCUGGAAGCGAAUGCCUGGCGGAGAGCAAACCGCCAGCAACUACCGAUUUGUGUUCAGGCAUAAAGGAGCUCGAACUGGCUCAUCAUGCACUCGUUUUGGCUCAGCCGAAGCUGCCAGUACCAUAGACUCUUUUCUAGCCAGGUUUCUUCAGCAGCCUCAUGAUCGCGAGUAUGCAGAUCUUUGUAUGCUUCCCGAAUUGACUGAGCAGACCUUGCUUGAUAAUUUGAAGGAUCGCUUCAACAGUGGCCACAUCUACACUUACAUUGGACCAAUUUUAGUCGCUGUAAAUCCAUUCAGCUUCUUCCCCAUAUACAACCCUAAAUAUGCAAGGUUAUACUCCCAAAGCAGGAAACUUGGCAGUUUGCCUCCACAUAUAUUCGCCAUUGCUGAUGUCACAUACCAUAACAUGCUCCGUAUCAAAGAGAGCCAAUGUGUUGUGAUCAGCGGUGAGAGUGGUUCGGGAAAAACCGAGUCCACCAACCAUUUGAUCUCACAUCUGACCUCGCUCUCACAGAAGGGGACCAGUGCUUGCAGCUCAGAGACCACACUGCUGAAUGCUGGUCCCGUGCUUGAGGCAUUUGGAAAUGCGGUCACGAUACAAAAUAAUAAUAGCAGCAGGUUCGGAAAAUUCAUCAAAAUCAACUAUCGUGAGAAUGGAAUGGUUUCGGGGGCCAAUGUGGAGAUUUACCUGUUAGAAAAGUCAAGGAUCAUCUCGCAGGCCAAAGGAGAAAGGAACUAUCAUGUGUUCUACUAUCUUCUAGAAGGAGCCACAGAUGAGGAGCGAGCAAAAUACUUUCUAUUGAAACCACAGGAUUACCGCUACCUUAAUCAGCAUGAACAAUUCUCACCCGAAGGAGUAAAUGAGAAAUAUGAGUUUGAUCGGCUCCGACGAGCCAUGAGCAGUGUCGGCUUCAGCACAAAUACGCAGUCAACCAUCUUUGGGCUCAUAUCUGCUGUACUCUUGCUUGGAAACAUCUCUUACAUUAGCAGACACGCUUACCACAGUGAUGAAAAUGCUUAUAUUGAGAACGAGGAAGUAGUGGACUUGGUUGCUCAGUUGCUGAAUAUAAAGACAGAAGCUUUGAUGCAGGCUCUAACUAUGAAACGACACGUGAUGAAGACGGAGACCGUCGUGACACGGUUCAGUGUUUCUGAGGCGAUAAACACCCGGGACGCGAUGGCAAAGUGUCUGUACAAUGCACUCUUUCAUUUCAUUGUCUUGCGUAUCAAUCAAGCGCUGAUGAGGAAGGACGUAUCGGGAAGCGUUGGCUAUUACAUAGGUAUAUUGGAUAUCUUUGGUUUCGAAGAUGUUGGAGCACAAUGGAACUCGUUUGAGCAACUUUGUAUCAACUAUGCAAAUGAACAUCUUCAGGCCUACUUCAACCAACACAUCUUCCAGUUUGAACAGGAAGAGUAUCAGUCCCAAGGAAUCUGUUGGACGAAUAUCGAGUACACAGACAACACCGAGUGUGUGCAGCUCUUCCAAAGCAAACCUUAUGGACUGCUUCGCCUUAUCGACGAGGAGAGUAACAUCAACAACGGAACCGAUGAGUCGAUGCUUGCAAAACUAAAUCAGUUCCUCAAGACAAACGAGUAUUACGAAACUCCGCAGAAAAAGGAGCCAGCCUUCAUCAUUGCCCAUUACGCAGGAAAGGUCAAGUAUCAAAUCACGGGUUUUCGCGAGAAAAACAAGGAUCUCAUGCGCCAAGAUGUGCUUAACACUUUGAAAACGAGCAAAUGUGCUCUGAUGAAGGCUGUGCUAGCCACUGAUCCGGUGGCGGUUUACAGAUGGAGCAUACUCCGUUCAACGUUUCGGGCGAUGCAAGCAUUCCGACAGUCCGGAAAGAAACUCAGCCGAAGUGAAUCAGCUGGACAUUUGAGCGUCAUGAAAGAAAUUCCGGAGAUUCGACGCGGCUCGGACUCGGCGCUGUCGCAGUUCCUUCGCGGUGACCUGCAGAUCGACAUGCCCGACUUCGUCGACACGAGCGUCUUCAAGACGAUUUUCAACCAAGCUCGACGAACUCCAGCGAGGGGCGAAGAGCGCAUGAGCACCGUGCGAUGCCUUCAGAUCCUAAAAGAAACCGUUGGCAAGAGGAAAAUUUCGAAUAAGCCGACAACUGUGUCGCGUCAAUUUGAGUACUCGCUGAGUCGCUUGAUGAACACCCUGGCUCAUUCGUCGCCUUACUUCAUUCGCUGCAUCAAAAGUAAUAAUGAUAAGAUUCCAAAUCACUUCGACGACAACAUCAUACUUCGCCAGCUUCGGUAUACAGGAAUGCUUGAGACAGUUCGGAUACGAAGGGCUGGCUACAGUGUUAGGAUCGAGUGGGAUGCAUUCGUAAAGCAAUACAGGGUAUUGCUUAGAGAAGGCCUAAACAGCACGAAAGAAGAUGUGAAGGACUUUUUGAACAGCCAUCCCACCAUAACUUCGGACAACAUUCAGUAUGGAGUGAGCAAGAUCUACAUGAGAGAUGCAGAAAAGUUGAUACUGGACGAUCAGCUUCACAAAGUCAUCAUGCAACAUAUUGAGACCCUACAGCGUUGGUUUCGUACUGUCAUGACUAGAAAACGCUAUCUACGCCUUAGACAGGGUGUUAUCAAGAUACAAGCUAUGAUGCGAGGAGUCUUGGCAAGAAACAAGCUCAGAAAGCAAUCUUAUGCUGCCCUCGUCAUUCAGUCGAACUGGAAACGAUAUCGUGAAGAGCGGCGCUACAGAUUAUUAAGAGAAGCGAUCAUUGCUUUACAAGCUGCUUACAGAGGCAGCGAAGCUCGCAAAAGGUUAGGCGAAAUCCCAAGAGGCCAUGAUCUCAGCAAGAUACGAGUGAAAAGAGUUCAAGCGGUCAAACUGCCAGUAUUUGACCUCAACGAUCCCGAGUCGCUGGCGGCGUUUGCUGGUAGCGAUGAUGACGAACUCAGCAGCGACGAAGUUUCGACAGAAGACGGCUUGGACGAAGAUGUCUCUGAGACUAGCGUGCUGGGAGAGAUUGAUGACGCGGCCAUUGCAUGUGAUGCUACGUUCAUUCUCGAGGACACAAAACUAAAACUAAUUGAGGAGCAAGAUCUUAGCCACAGGAGGCAAUCCUUAGCUCCAACAGCCUCCACAACCAAGCUGAGAAUGUUACGAAGAGCGAACAGCACGGACAGCAAUAUCAUGGUCAGAGAUGAUGGUCUACAGUCUCUUGAGCUCGGAAGCCCAACGUCAAAAAAGAAAACGGGUAGUCGUUUGGGUUUCGCGAAAGCCAAGAAAAAUCUGAAGGCCUUGUUUGGACGAAAAGACGACGACGCUAAUGAAGAAGACGAAAUGGAGCCUCCUACCAGUAAUGAACUGAAUCCUCCACCAACCGUUGUGGAAGAACACCAUCUCAAAGUUUCACGACUACAUCGACAAGAAUUGUGCGCUAUGUGCAGCAGACAUCUCACUGGCUUCAUUUCCCAAGCCUAUAAGUGCUCAAAGUGCAAACUAUGUUUCCACAAGGAAUGCUCGUCUUUUGCAAAAUCACUUCCCUGCGUGCCAUCUUCGCCGUUGAGGUCUCCGACAAGGGUCAGCUCACCAAAACGGCCGUGGGAUAUUGUGGGCAAACCUCGAGCUUCCACUUCGCCAUUGCCCGAUCAGUCCAGCAGAUUUUCGCUGUCCUUCAGCCUGAACAAAACCAAACAACAAACAGAUCCCGGUAAUAUGAUUGUGGAGUCAAUCGAGGAUCUUCGACAAUUCAGUGUGUUCAUAUUCAAAAAGCAGUCGAACCUCGAACAGAACAAAAACAAGCGAGACACUGUUGUCGACGCAUUGUUCAAAAAAUCCCUACGAGAAUUUCACAUGGAACUGAUCGGCUAUGAGGCUGUGCUUACGGAGGAGCGAACGGUUCUGAAAUAUCGCGACUUGAUUACGACCUUCGAAGGAGUGCUCACCAAGGUUUGCAAAGAAGAAAAGGUCUCAUUUCCAACGACGCUCGGCGUCAAUGCCUUCAGAGGGUUUCUGAACGAGUUCAUGCAGACUCAGAAGAAAAAGGGCUCCAAGCAGAAGUCGGGCAUCAUCAAGAGCGUUCGUAAGAAACGUCGUCGUUCGGAUGUGACUGUGCUCCAUGCAGGUCAUCGUUUCAAGUCCGACUUGGUGCAUGUGCCCACAUACUGCGAGGUCUGCAAUCAGUUCAUGUGGCACGCCGAAAAGAUUUUCAUCUGCGUUGCUUGUCGCAUCUCUUGCCACAAGAAAUGCCACUCAAAGAUCACGCAGUUGUGCACGAUGAGCAUUCCUUCGAGUAUGUCCACUGCGACUGGUGGCCGAUUCUUUGGUGCGGUCUUGGCUUCGCUUGUGGACGAGGACCAUGUCAUACCUCCGCUAGUGGAUCGUUUGUUCAUAAAUGUCGAAACUAGGGCACUUUUCGUGGAGGGAAUUUAUAGGAAAAGCGGUUCGCUUGCUCAAAUCCGAAAUGCUCGUCGAGUGAUUGAGACUGCUCCAGAUUUUGAAACAGUAUCCUUGGACGAUGUGCAAGUUCAUGUGCUUACAACGCUGGUCAAGUCAUUUCUAAGGGAACUUCCUGAGCCGCUGAUUACAUUCGAUUUAUACGAGAAUUUCCUGAAUGUGUCUGAAGUGGACGACGGUGUUGAACGAGGUCGAUGCUUAGCGGUUAUGAUAGACCUACUUCCAAAGUCUAAUAGGGGUUUGUUGGAUCGGCUCAUGUUCCAUUUAGCUAGGGUAGCCUACCAGGAAGCAGUGAACAAGAUGGGACCAUCAAAUCUCGCUUUGAUUUUUGGCCCUUGUAUCUUGAGAAGGCAAGACAGUGUUCAUGCACAGGAGCAAUUGAAUGACGUUUCACGUCAAGCCAUAUGCGUGCAAACAUUAAUCGAAGAGAAGCUGAGACAGUACAGAGCCACUAUGAUAAACAUCGUUGAAUUGGAAGAUGCUAGUCAAAAGGUGUCUGCUAAUUUGCGACGCAUAGAGGAGCACCAGCGUGCGGAUACGGUAGCGAAUCCGCCGCUUGGAACUGCCAAGCAACUCUUCGAGGAACAGCUUGACUUCCUCGGCAGACAAAAGGAGAGGCUAUUGCAAGAGCUUCCUCCAUUGGCUCCUGUCGCUUCUUCAGAAGAUCUUUCCUCUUCUGACGAGCACUCAUCAGGAACGUCACAGGAAGAAUACGCCAUUGACAUGGAUGCGCCUCCAGUGUUCGGAGUCUUAUAUCAUGCCUGUAAAUAUCGAGCGAGACCGCCCCCUGGAAGAAAACCGCCGUCCCGGUUUCGUCGAUCACCCGCUGUUCUUUUUUACACUCCACUGCCUGAUUAGGCUGCUCAUACUGUUCGAAUGUGAUCUUUGGG